AUGUCAUUUAUUAACACAACUCAAGUCAUUUCAAAUAAUUCAGAAGCGUUAUUAGCCUUUACUACGUUAACAGCACAAAACCUCUUGAAUUGCUCAAUCAGUAAAAAUUGCAGAUCGCUACCACCAUUGACCGAAUUCAUUCAUGAUCUUUACUCCAAGACAACUACCAAACGAUCGUCCUACCGAGGGGGCCUACCUUGUGCAGUCAAGCUAUUCACUCUGAUUUAUCUCUUGAGAUUGAAAUCAAAAUUACCUGAUAAUGCAAAGGGAGGACCUGAUACACCAUAUCGAUUGUUUCUAGCGGCAGUUUUAACAAGCUCUAAAUAUCUGUCUGAAACUGGCACAGGAUUAACCAGCACGCACCUAUCAGCAUUGACAAACUCUGUAUAUACACCUAAAGAUAUCAAUCGAAUGGAAAGAAGCUUUCUGGGGCUGAUUCGCUAUGAUUUGUGGGUAUCGACACAAGAUAUUCAAUCAUUCAUCAAACUGUAUGGCGAUCUGAUUCAAAUGGACAUUUGCAAUGUGAAUCUACCUCAACAGCCAAUGAUCCAGCAACGUUGCAAUGAAAAUACUAUUGAUACCACACAUAACUCCAUUCACACAACAACAACGACUACGGCAUCUGAUAAGACAACGAAUACCAAUGCCACUAGUACCAAAUCAAAGGCAAUCUUGCAUCCUGCUUAG